AUGAGUAUCAGUGUUUUGCUUGUAGUGAUCUUGUUGGUUUUGUUAGUUUUGUUAGCCGUUUUUCACUAUGGAUCUGAGGGCCGUAAAUAUUGGUAUAAUAAAAAGGUUCCAUAUAGGGAGCCGUGUCCUAUAUUCGGGAAUUUCGGAGCUACACUAACAAUGCGCCUCAGUUAUACAAAAAUGCUUCAAUUCUUCUACGACAAAUACAGAGAUGAGAAAUAUGUUGGAAUUUUUCAAGCUAGGCGACCGGCUUUGAUGCUGAUAGAUUUAGAAUUGAUAAAAUAUGUGCUGUCCAAAGAUUUCCAACAUUUCAGUGAUCGAAUAUCUGUCUCAACGGAUACGCAACGGGAACCGCUUUUGAGGAAUCUAGCAAAUAUGAGCGGCACGGAGUGGCAGAAAAUGAGGCACAUAGUUACACCGACAUUCUCCUCGGCUAAAAUGAAAGCCAUGUUCCCUUUAAUAGUCGAUUGUGCAAGAACAUUACAAACGACUCUAGAAAACGAGUCCAUUGAAGAUAUCGAGGUGCCGAAGUUAAUGUGCCGGUUUACAACUGACGUUUUAGGAAGUUGCGCCUUCGGCGUCGAUCCUGGGUCAUUAAAAGAUAAAAUGUCACCAUUUUUUAUUAUGUCGCAGAAAAUGUUCAAAACCGAUCGCAGCACCAUAUUAAAGAGAUAUUGUCGUUCCUUUUCGCCGCGACUCUUCAAAUUUUUGAACCUCAGAACGUAUUCGCUGGACGUGGAAGUAUUUUUUACUAAUAUCAUCAAUCAAGUAUUAAACGAGCGGCGAACGACCGGCAAACAGCGAAGUGAUUUCCUACAGCUUAUGUUGAAUGUCCAAAAAACUGAGAUCGGUUUUACGAUGACGGAUGAAUUAAUUAUAUCAAAUUCAUUUAUAUUCAUGCUCGCCGGUCUAGAAACAUCGGCUACAACGCUGUCGUUCUGUUUGUAUCAGCUCGCCAAAGAUAUAGAUCUACAGAACAGAUUAAGAGAUGAAGUUAGAGAGUGUAUAGAAAAUCACGGUGGAUUUAAUUACGACGCGAUAUGUGCGAUGCGUUUAGCGACUCAGACGUAUUUGGAGACGCUGAGAUUACAUCCUCCAACACCUCUUACCACGAGGCUGUGUACAUCACCGUGUACAUUACCCGGUACAGAUCUCAAUAUGAAGGUCAGAGACGCGGUCCUAGUGCCCAUACAUCAAAUACACAAAGAUCCAAGGCAUUUUCCCGAUCCAGAGAAAUUUGAUCCUGAACGUUUCGAUGGUUCCGUGAAUGUUAACGGUUUCAUUGCAUUCGGUGACGGACCCAGGAGUUGUCCAGGAGGUCGUUUCGCACAGAUGAUGGUGGUAGCUGGUUUGGCUACGAUUCUUCAGAAUUUCUCAGUGGAGCCAUGCUCUAAAACAACACCGACUAUACAAUACGAAACACGAAGCGUCAUGUUAAAAAAUAAAGGCAGCAUUUGGUUGAAAUUUAACAAGCUAUAG